AUGCAGUCCUCCCCCAACAUGCUCACUAAGUUUGAAUCGAAAUCAUCCAGAGCGAAGGGAAUCGCUUUCCAUCCUAAGCGGCCGUGGAUCUUAGUAUCACUUCACUCGUCGACCAUCCAACUAUGGGAUUAUCGCAUGGGAACGCUCAUUGACCGUUUUGAAGAGCAUGAUGGUCCCGUCCGAGGCGUUGACUUCCACCCUACACAGCCCCUCUUCGUGUCCGGAGGUGAUGACUACAAGAUCAAAGUUUGGAAUUAUCAAACCCGGAGAUGCCUGUUCACGCUCAAUGGCCAUCUUGACUAUGUGCGGACUGUGUUCUUCCACCCUGAACUCCCUUGGAUCCUUUCCGCAUCGGACGACCAGACAAUUCGGAUAUGGAACUGGCAGAACAGAUCACUGGUCUGCACGAUGACGGGCCAUAACCAUUAUGUGAUGUGCGCGCAAUUCCACCCAACCGAAGAUUUGAUUGCCUCCGCCUCCCUAGACCAGUCCGUUCGCAUCUGGGACAUCUCGGGCCUGCGGAAAAAGCAUUCGGCGCCGACUGCCAUGUCCUUCGAAGACCAGAUGGCUCGAGCCAAUCCCAGUCAGGCGGAUAUGUUUGGAAAUACGGAUGCGGUGGUGAAAUUUGUGUUGGAGGGCCACGACCGAGGUGUCAACUGGGUGUCUUUCCACUCCACUUUGCCUCUGAUCGUUUCCGCGGGUGACGACCGUCUGAUCAAGUUGUGGAGGAUGAGUGACACCAAGGCCUGGGAAGUCGAUACAUGUCGCGGUCAUUUCCAGAAUGCCUCCGCCGCCUUGUUCCACCCUCACCAGGACCUCAUCCUUUCUGUCGGUGAAGAUAAGACAAUCAGAGCAUGGGACCUGAACAAGAGAACUUCGGUACAAUCAUUCAAGCGUGAUGUGGAUCGUUUUUGGGUUAUCGCUGCCCAUCCCGAAAUCAACCUCUUUGCCGCGGGCCACGAUACCGGUGUUAUGGUUUUCAAGUUGGAGCGCGAAAGGCCCGCCUCUGCUGUCUACCAGAAUCAACUGUUCUACAUUACCAAGGAGAAGCAUGUCAAGUCUUAUGAGUUCGCCAAGAAUGUGGAAUCUCCACCUAUGCUGUCGUUGCGCAAGCUGGGUUCCCCCUGGGUGCCUCCUCGGACAGUUUCGUACAACCCCGCGGAGCGUGCCAUCCUGGUUACUUCGCCAACGGAUGGUGGCGUGUAUGAGUUGAUUCAUCUCCCAAGGGAUGCUACCGGUGCUGUGGAGCCGACCGAUGUAAAACGUGGCCAGGCUUCCUCUGCUGUCUUUGUCGCACGCAAUCGAUUUGCGGUCUUCAGCCAAGCCAACCAACAAGUCGACAUCAAAGACUUGAGCAACUCCACCACCAAGACGAUCAAGCCUCCCGUGGGUACAACCGAUAUCUACUUUGGUGGUACCGGCUGUCUACUCUUUAUUACUCCUACCAACGUUGUUCUUUUCGAUAUCCAGCAAAAGAAGGAAUUGGCAGAAUUGGCUGUCAGUGGCGUCAAAUACGUUGUCUGGUCGAAUGAUGGUCUUUAUGCAGCUUUGCUCAGCAAACAUAAUGUCACGAUUGUCACCAAAACCCUUGAGCAAGUAAGUAGCUUACACGAGACGAUUCGUAUUAAGAGCGCCGCCUGGGAUGACGCUGGCGUCCUUCUCUACUCGACCUUGAACCACGUGAAGUACUCUCUCCUGAAUGGUGACAAUGGCAUUAUUCGCACUCUGGAUCAAACAGUUUAUCUCGUCAAGGUCAAGGGCCGAAAUGUGUACUGCCUGGACCGUAAUGCCAAGCCCAGAGUCCUAGAGAUUGACCCUACUGAAUACCGGUUUAAGCUGGCUCUGGUCAAGAGAAACUAUGAUGAGAUGCUUCAAAUUAUCAAGACCUCUAGCCUGGUCGGCCAAAGCAUCAUCUCCUACCUGCAGAAGAAGGGCUACCCCGAGAUUGCGCUGCAAUUUGUCCAGGACCCCCAAACACGUUUCGAGCUCGCCCUGGAGUGCGGUAACCUUGAUGUUGCCGUCGAGAUGGCCAGAGAAUUGGACCGCCCUAAUCUGUGGAGCAGACUGGGCACGGAAGCUUUGGCCCAUGGCAAUCACCAGGUAGUAGAGAUGGCCUACCAGAAGCAGAGGAACUUUGACAAGCUGUCUUUCCUGUACCUCUCUACUGGCGAUCAGGAAAAGCUCGGAAGAAUGGCCAAGAUUGCAGAGCAUCGAGGCGAUUUCACUUCACGGUUUCAAAACGCCAUCUACCGUGGGGAUGUCGAGGACAGGAUCCAGAUGUUCAAGGAAGUGGAUCUUUAUCCUUUGGCAUACCUGACGGCAAAGACUCAUGGUUUGACUGAAGAGGCUGAGUCGAUCCUUGAGGCUUGCGGCCUUACAGAAGACCAGAUAACCCUGCCCUCUGUCGAUGAGCCUCUACAGGUGCCACAACCUAUUGUGCCCUCCUUCAAGUCAAAUUGGCCCGUCAAGGCCGCUGCCCAUUCGUCUUUCGAGAAAGCGCUCCUUGGUGAAGUUGGUGCAGAUGAUGAAGCAGCUGCUAUUGACUUUGAGGCCGAAGGGGAAGAGGAAGAGGCUGAGGCUGCCGGCGAAACUCUUGAGGAUGAGGACGAGGACGUCGCUGGAUGGGACAUGGGAGAUGAGAUUAAUGUCGAGGAAGAUGUUGACUUCGUCAAUGUGGACAGCGCUGAGGCUGGUGCGGGCAGCCCCGAAGCCGACCUUUGGGCUCGCAACUCCCCUCUGGCCGCUGACCACGUUGCUGCUGGUUCAUUUGAUACUGCCAUGCAACUCCUCAAUCGCCAGGUUGGUGCCGUAAACUUCGCGCCUCUCAAGCCACGUUUCUUGGAAGUAUACAAGGCAUCCAAGACUUAUCUCCCGGCCACCGCCGGCCUGCCGCCCCUGGUCAACUACGUUCGCCGGACUGUUGAGGAGACCGACUCGCGCAAGGUCCUCCCCGUUAUUGCCAGGGACCUGGAGACCAUCGCCAAUGUAGACCUUCAAGAGGGCUACGCUGCGAUGAGGUCCAACAAGCUUGAGGACGGCGUGCGAAUUUUCAAGGGUAUACUGCACUCUCUCCUCCUGAAUACAGUGUCGUCAGAGGCCGAGUUUGAACAAGCCAAGAAGAUCAUCGAAACUGCUCGGGAAUACAUUCUUGCCAUGUCUAUUGAAUUGGAGCGUCGUUCCAUCCCCACAGACACACCAGAAGACCUCAAGAGAAGCCUAGAGCUUUCUGCUUAUUUCACUAUCCCCAAGCUAGAGGUUGCCCAUCGCCAGCUUGCUCUGAUGGCAGCGAUGAAGCUCGCUUUUGCCAACAAGAACUACUCCUCAGCCCUCAGCUUUGCCAACCGGAUGUUGGCAAACGGUGGCUCCCCUAAGCUGCUUGAUCAGGCAAGGAAGAUUAAAGCUCAAUGCGAGCGCAGCCCCCAGGACAAGAUUGACGUCGAAUUCGAUCAGUUCGCCGAAUUCGAUAUCUGUGCUGCUUCCCAUACUCCCAUCUAUGGGGGCUCUCCAAGUGUCUCAGAUCCUUUCACCGGAGCCAAAUAUCAUGAACAGUACAAGGGUACAGUGUGCCGGAUAUCUGAUGUGACCGAGAUCGGUGCGCCAGCCAGUGGAUUACGGUUGUACGUCCCCGGCCAAUAUUAA